AUGGGAGCCACUGUUCUCCACAACAGAGAACACCGGGUGAAGAUGGCACAUUCCUUUAAUUCCAGCACUUGGGAUGUUCCAAACUAGCCUAGUCUACAGAAAGUUCCAGGACAGCAAGAAAUAAAAAAACCCUGUCUGAAAACAACAGUAAUUGGGAUAGGGCAAGGAUGCCUGGUUUCUAGUAGGCAAGUGAGGUUUUAAUUGGUGGGUUCUAGUGUCCUGCAAUUCCAAUCAAGUUUGUUCUUGGCUACAUAGAAAGGUCGAACCAGGAGAAGGUGGUAUGUGCACACAGAAUUCAGUACGUGGUUCCCACUAACACUGAAAUGCCAGGGCACACUCCCCACAGGUAUACUCAGAACAGAGCGCUUCAAAAGCACCCUACCCUCAAUAUAAUUCCCUUUGUGUUCUUGAGACAUUUCCUGUUCUGUGUACUUUUCUAGUCCAUCAUGGGGAGAAAUUCCCACUAAGGAUCCUAUCGAUGUCUGGCAGGAAAGUCAGUUCCUAGCACUCACAGCAGGAGGCUCACAACGAGCUACAGCACCAUGUCCAGGGGAUCACACACCCUCUUCUAACCUCCAAAGUCACCAAGGAAAACACUUCAAAAAUCCAUAAGCUAACACUCAAGCACAGAAAAACAUAUCAGCCUAGCAUCCCAGUUCACCACCCUAACUCCAGCACUUUGGAAGCUGAGAGGCGAGUUUCCCGUCACCCAGAGUUACAUGGCAAGACUAAGAAAUAAAACCAAACACAGCCUGGGGAGAUGGUAAAAGAGCCACAAUAGUUUGAAGACCUUGGUUCGAUCCCCAACACCCAUCCCUAACAUCCAAGUAUCAAAAUAAAAGCCAAGUGGUGGUGGUGCACACCAUUAUUAGUCCCAGUGCUCAAGAGGUGAUCUCUGAGUUCAAGGCUAGCCUGGUUUACAGAGCUAGUUCCAGGACAGUCAGGGCUACACAGAGAAACAACGUCUACAAAAAAAUCCAGAAAACAAAGAGCAUUGACAGGACCUAUCUGUACUUCCACCUCUAGGAAGACAAAGACCAGAGGAUCCCUGGUGCUUGCUGGCUGGUCCGUCUAGCUGAAAUCAGUGACUGUACUCCAGUGAGACAUGGUGGAGGUGGGUGGAAAGGUGGCAUACAGGUUAAGAGCACUGCUUCUCUUCCGGAGGAGGAGUUGUAUGCAGUUCUGCAAGUCUUGGGCUAUAAACCUGAUUAGAGGUGGCAAGGGGAUGAAGGGAAAACAUAACGUACUUACAUGUCUGUGCUCACUAAGGUGGAAUGGAGCCUAUUGCCUCCUAACUGAAGCUUAGCCUCGUUAUUAGAACUUAGCUUAUUAGGCACACGGUACAGGGGUAAAGGUUGGUAGUCUCUCCAAGACGUCUCUGUAGCCAAGUAGUCUCAGGCUGUGAACAUUCGGGAGGAUGGUGCUGGCUGCAGUUGUUAGUUUUUCGUUCGUUUGGUUUUGUUUUAUACAAUCACCAGUUAAACACUCGUACUUGGGUCAGAAGGCAACUUUGACUUCUAGCCUAAGCCAUAUGGAGACCAUAUUUGUCACUUUCUCCUGGGUCUAAAGCCUUGGCCUUUGUCACGUCAUACAAAGUGCACUCAGGACUUCACUCACUCAUCUAUAAUGAAAAUUCUGGAAUUUUGGUUUCUUUAAAAACAGAAACGUGGGCUGGAGAGAUGGCUCAGUGGUUAAGAGCACUGACUGCUCUUCCAGAGGUCCUGAGUCCAAAUCCCAUCAACCACAUGGUGGCUCACAACCAUCUGUAAUGAGAUCUGGGGUCAUCUUCUGGCCUGCAGGCACACAUGCAGACAGAAAGCUGUACGGUGUAUAAUAAUAAAUAAAUAAAUAAAUAUUAAAAAAAAAAAACAGAAAUGGAUAGUGUUUUUAUGGGCUAGAGCAGCGAUGGCUCGGUGGUUAAGAGCACUGAUUGCCCUUCCAGAGGUCCUGAGUUCAAUUCCCAGCAACCACAUGGUGCUUACAACCAUCUGUAACAGGAUCUGAUGCCCUCUUCUGGUGUGUCUGGCGAUAGCAACAGUGUACUUAUAAGUAAAAUAAAUACAACUUUUUAAAAAAGUGUUUCUAUUUUAAUUCCAGUUGUGCAGAUAUGGUGCUGCUUCAGACUGUCCACAGCAGCUGACCAUGAUUUUUCUUGUGCUCUAGCAUAAGUGUGGUUUUGCUGCAGAUAGUUUCUGCGAGUGUUUGAUGAUUGACACUCUGGGAACUUUUCAUGGAGUAGAUAAAUGCUAGGGCCCCCACGAGGCAGGGUUGGUGGUUACUGAUCCUUGGAGGGCUUAUUUGCAGUUUUCAAAGAAGAAACAAGAAAUUAUAUUCAGGGAUUCUUUCUUUCUCUCCCUCUCCCACUGGACAUUGAGAUUCUAAAGUAGGUGGACCAAUCAGGAUAAUGUUAAAAUGGGAUGGGCAGGAUUAUGCAAAUGAUUGUGCCAAGGAGGCAGAUGGUAACAGUUUCAAAGCACUAUUAAAAAAAAAAAAAAAAAAAAAAAACUGGAAGCUGGGCCGCCUCGCCGGCCGAAAGCAGGCCGGAGCCCCGGUCGCUGGCCUGGCUUCUCCGGGCGAGGGCGAGGCAGCGGUCCAGGCAGAAGAUUAGAUGCCGGGAGCAAAGAAAGUAGUUACAUCCAAUUCUCAUUAUGCAUCAGAAAAAUGAAAAAACAGAAGAAAAUUCUAUGGAAGAAAGGAAUUCACUUAGCCUUUUCUGAGAAAUGGAAUACGGGAUUUGGAGGCUUUAAGAAACUCUAUUUUCCCCAAAACUUGUGCUUUCUGAAAGCUAAGCUGGGAAGGCCAGUUGUUUGGCAUCGGCAGUCGAAGCAUUUCCAGUGUAAUAAGAGGGGUCUUCACAUCCAGAAAACAUGGGCCCAGGAUGUACCACUUUGUUCAAAGACCAAAUCUGGAGUGGCCACUCAAAAUGUUAGUUCUUUGUAUGCCAAAGUGAAAAGAAAGGACACUAAGCACUUCAUUUCCUCUUCCAGGAGUCUCCUGAAACUCCAAGCAGAUAAAUUACUUUCUUCAGCAAAGAACUUGGGCCGUGAAUACUGCAGAGAGAAAAGCCUUCUGAAGGCAGGUCCUGGCUUGUCGGCAAAUACUGUUUUAGGUAAGGCCAAUGGUCACAAACCUAGCACGGACCCACAAGCUUCAGACUUUCCCAUGAAGUUCAAUGGGGAGAGCCAAAGUCCAAGUGACAGUGGCAAGACUGUGGUUUUGAACAAACAUAGAAAACGAGUUUGUUAUGGCUGCUACCAAGGGCUAGAGCACCACAGGAACAGGAGACCCCUGAUUCCAAAAAAGUUCCAACCUAACCAAUAUCGAAGAGUCAAAGUGUCUCUUAUGAUGUAUGAGAAACUAUCCAUGAUUAGAUUUCGGUAUAGGAUUUUCAGAUCCCAGCACUUCAGAACGAAAAGCAGAGUUUGCAAGCUAAGAAAAGCCCAGCAAAGCUGGGUGCAGAAGGUCACUGGGGACCAUCAAGAGAACUUUAGGGAUAACAACACUGAGGGUGGCGAUUGCAGCCCAGUCCCUUCCCUAGAACCUAAAGACCCUUGUCGGUGUCAGCCAUACUUUCCAGACAUGGACAGUAGUGCUGUGGUGAAGGGAAAAAACUGUCACGUGCCUGAUGGCCACACUAAAGAAAGUCCUGCCUUGGACAAGGAGCAUGGUUUAGAUGCAGCAUUCCCUGACCAGCAGAAUGGCAGCACCACAUACACUUGGGACCAGCCAUUCUCUUCUCCUAAGUGGGAGUGUACAGAGCAAAUUCAUGAAAUCCCUUUGAUGGGACAUCCUUCUAGUGACAACUUCACUCCGGGAACUGAAAGAGCUCUUAUGACUCUGGGGCAGGAAAGCGGGACAAGUGCUGUCAGCGAUGACGGAGUGAAGCUGUCAGUGUCUGGAGCAGACGAAUCUGUGAGUAGUGUAGAUGGGCCUGUGUCUGAGGAGCCCGCUCAGAAUAAGAACUUCCAGAUGGAGGAGGAUGGGUCUCUCAGGCAGAACAUUCUUAGUUUGAAACUGCUGGACCACCCUUACUGUAAGAGUCCACUGGAUGCUCCCUUGGUGUGCAGUGAGCUCAAAGUAGAAAACCAAGUGGCAGGUGGCAAGAGUGGCCAGACAGCGUCUCCCGUGGAUGAUGAGCAGCUCUCGACCUGCCUUUCUGGGUUCCUAGACGAGGUUAUGAAAAAGUAUGGAAGUCUGGUCCCACUCAGUGAGAAAGAUGUCCUUGGGAGAUUAAAAGAUGUCUUUAAUGAAGACUUUUCUAAUAGAAAACCAUUUAUCAAUAGGGAAAUAACAAACUACCGGGCCAGACAUCAAAAGUGUAACUUCCGAAUCUUCUACAACAAGCACAUGCUGGAUAUGGACGACCUGGCAACUUUGGAUGGUCAGAAUUGGUUGAAUGACCAGGUUAUUAAUAUGUAUGGCGAGCUGAUAAUGGAUGCAGUCCCAGACAAGGUCCACUUCUUCAACAGCUUUUUCCAUAGACAGCUGGUAACCAAAGGCUAUAAUGGAGUUAAGAGAUGGACUAAGAAGGUGGAUUUGUUUAAAAAGAGUCUUCUGUUGAUUCCCAUCCACCUGGAGGUCCACUGGUCUCUCAUUACUGUGACACUCUCCAGUCGGAUUAUUUCAUUUUAUGAUUCCCAAGGCAUUCAUUUUAAAUUUUGUGUAGAGAAUAUAAGAAAGUAUUUGCUGACUGAAGCCAGAGAAAAAAAUAGACCUGAAUUUCUUCAGGGUUGGCAGACUGCUGUUACAAAGUGUAUUCCACAACAGAAAAAUGACAGUGACUGUGGAGUCUUUGUGCUCCAGUACUGCAAGUGCCUCGCCCUAGAGCAGCCUUUCCAGUUUUCUCAAGAAGACAUGCCUCGAGUGCGGAAGAGGAUCUAUAAGGAGCUGUGUGAGUGCCGGCUCCUGGACUGACACUCACUCAGCAGGGACUCCAGAAGGCGCCAUGUUGGAGCAGAUGGUUUGUUACUUGAAUCUCCAAACACUUACUGAAUCUUUACAGAUACUUCAGAUUGGUGGUAUUGGGCCACUUAUUGUUACCUCAGAUUUAUUUUUGCCCUUCAUUUCUCCUGCUAUCAUGUACUUUUUUUUUAAUGUUCAAUUUAGUUUCAUUUUUAACUUUAUGGAUUCCAUACGUCCCUCCCAUAUUUAAUAUUUAUUAUCCAAACGCAUGCAUAUAGACAGAGCAUGCAGUAAAGAGUAUUAAAAAAAAGCCUAGUAGAUUUGGUGCAGCUUUUGAAACAUAGAUGUGAACUGAAUACAGGUUUAAAAGUUAACCCCAGAACCUAAAAAUGCAAGAUGUUUUUGAUACAGCAUAGUCAGAAUAGAUGUUCCCCAUGGCAUAAAGGGUAGCUAGGAGUGUUGUGGAAAGCCAGUCAUGUUUCCCUUACAGCACCUUUUGCUCAUCCCUCCGAUGAGUCUCCAGCAUGAGACGCAUUCCUUCUGAAGGCCAGAGGGGCUGUUCUGCUGAGGGAUGUGGUGCUUACAAGCACAGUGCUGUUUGAGAAGAGUUAAGGUAUGAGGAAAAGCAGCUUCCUUGGGUGCCAGUUACCUUAUUUUCUAAAAAGGCAAGGGGAGGGGUUAUUUUGAUUUGUCUGAGACAAAGUCUCACUAUGUAGCCUAAGCUGUCCUGGAGCUCCCAGUACCUAGGCUGGCCUCAAACUCAAGCUAAUCCUGUCUCUGUCUCCUAGUCUGGUAACAUAGUACAUACCAAUACACUCUACAGGAAGAGUCUCAUUUUGGUUUUAAGAUUUAUAAUAUGUAGAAUAAAUCUCAUGAAGGUUUUUCCUGAGACACUGAAUUUUCCUGGAUUUUUUUUUUUUCUGGGUUUGACUUGUAAAAAAAAAAAAAAACA